AUUUUAUUUUUUUUUAAUUUAUUAAUGCAAUUUUGUUUUUUCAAUUUUUCAUCUAUUUUCUGUUAAAAUGACAAACAAUUCUGAAAAAUUGAAAGUUUUAGUCUUAAACCCAUCAAUUGAUAAAUUGAAUUUUAUUUUAAAUGCUUCCAAUCGCUUAAAUCAAAAAAAUGGUCCCUUUGAAUCUGUUUUAUUAAUUGGCGAUAAUGACAUUACCACGGAUACUAUUAAGACUCCAAUCAACCAAUUAACAAUUUUCACAAGUACAAAGUUAUUUGCAAAUGAUAGAAAUAAGGAUAAAAUAGAUACUGCUAUCACUAAUGAUGAUGAUAAAAACCAUAAUGAAAUUGAAAUUGAAAUUGACAGCGAAAGCGAAAGUGACAGUGGAAGUGGAAAUCAAGCUUCCAUUGAAAAAGAAAUAAAAGAAAAUUUAAUUGGUAUCAAUGACAUUAAAAAUGGUGGAAUUUCAUUCAAAACGACUUCGAAUGGUUUAAAUAUCAUAUUAUUCACCAGAUAUUUUGAUGCAUCUUUUGAUAAUUUUUAUAAAUUUAAAGAAUAUUUUAAUAACCAAUUAUCUUCUUUCAAAGAUAAUAUUCACGUUAUGAUUUCAUAUCAGUGGGCCUCUAAUUUAUCUUAUUACUAUAAAUCUGAUAUUAGUAACAAAGCUGACAUAUUGAACAAAUAUCUCAAGUUAAUCAAGCCAAAUUAUUAUUUUACUUCUGGUUCCAAAUUUUUAGAUACUUUACCCUUUAAAUGGUCUUCCAAUAACGACUUGAAAAUCACUCGAUUUAUUAGUUUAUCUCAAUAUCAUUCUAAAAACAGAUAUUAUUACGCUUUUAAUAUUGAUGUUAAGGACAAUAAGAACAAUAAUAUAAAUAACAGAAGUUACUCGAAAAAUUUAUUUGAAAAUGUCAAUAUAGAGAAUUACAGAACUCAAUUAAAACCAGAACCUCAAGAUAAAACAGUAAAGGAUGUUGAAAAGAUUUCGAGCAAGGAUAAUGAAAACGAAAACGAAAAAAUAGAGGUUGAAAAAGAGGAAGUUAAAGAGGAAGUUAAAGAGGAAGUUAAAGAUGAAGCUAAAGAAAAAGCCGAAAAGGAUGAAGCUAAAGAAAAAGCCGAAAAGGAUGAAGCUAAAGAAAAAGAGGAAGAGAAUGCUCAAAAAGAGGAAGAAAAGGUUCAAAAAGAAGAAGAAAAAAUUGAAACGAAAGAACUAGAAAAUAAACAAAUCAACAAAAGAAAAUUUUCUAAAGAUCCAGAACAAAGUGUUAACAAAAGACCUAAAUUUAUUGUCACUCAAGAAAAUUGUUAUUUUUGUUUGGGUUCACCAAAUGUUCAAGCUCAUAUGGUGAUUUCAGUCGAUAAACAUUCAUAUUUAUCAAUUGCCAAAGGGCCAUUGACCACACCAAAGACAUUUAAUGGAAAAAUCCCAUUUCCGGGACAUGUUUUGAUUAUUGCUAUCAAACAUAUUUCAAAUAUUGUAUUAAAUAAAACUGAUAAUACAUUCAAUGAAAUGAAUAAAUACGAGGGAAACAUUUUGAAGUUGUAUUACUUGAAAUAUAAAUUGGGAUAUUGCUCAUUUGAAAUAAACAGCUCGAAAUUAUUUCAUCAUCAUAAACAAGUUAUUCCAAUUUUUUUAAAUUCCAAAUUGUCUAAAUUCACCAAAACCUUGAAGUCAAACAGUGAUAGAAACAAUACAUUAUACAAUAAGAAUACAUCCUUAGAGUUCAAACAAGUUGAGUUUGAGUUUGAUGAUAUCAGGAAUGAGGUGAUUGUUCCAGAUUUUGAAGAAACGGAAGACGAAGAGAAGACAGUUGAAAACGAGAAAAAGGCAACAGAAAAGGAUCUGGAGGAUUCUAAAAAGGAAGAAAGCAAUGACGUCAAAAUGGCAGAUCAAAGUGAAGCUGGAAAAAAGCCAGGCACUAGUUUGAAAGAGUACUUUGAUAUCAUGAAAAAGGGUGACUACAUUUUGAUGAAGUUGUUCAUGGUUGACGGCGAAGAAGGAAAGCCCAAGCAGUACUGUUUCAUCUCGCCCAUGGACACCAGCAAAAGAGUUGACUUGAUGUUCCCCCGAAAAGUGUUGUUGCAAUUCCUCAACUUGCCCAAAAACAGAUCCAACUGGAAGACAGUGGCAGAUCCCAAGGAGGUUGAUGUUGGGUAUUGUGAGGCCUACAAAAAAGAGUUUGCUGAGUUCGACUCGUCGCUCAAAGAGGCAUCUGCAGACUAGUGCAUGUUGACGCACGGUGUACAGGUUCCUGCCAAUACCGCAGCUGCGGCACUGUUGGAUAAACACAUGCCAAAUACGUUU